AUGUCUAGCUUUCUUUCACUCCUUCAGAUCUUCAUCGGUUUUCUGUCUCUUCUCUCUCUUGUCCAUGGACAAGAUGGGACCUGGAUCAAUGCUCAGGCCACCUUCUACGGUGGCGGAGAUGCAUCUGGAACAAUGGGUGGCGCGUGUGGGUAUGGGAAUUUGUACAGUCAAGGGUACGGUACAAGUACGGCGGCGUUGAGUACGGCUCUAUUUAAUAAUGGGUUAAGCUGCGGUGCAUGUUUUGAAAUAAAGUGUGUUCAAGAUGAAAAAUGGUGUCUUUCGGGUUCAAUUGUUAUAACCGCUACCAAUUUCUGCCCGCCCAACAACGCCUUACCCAGUAAUGCAGGUGGGUGGUGCAACCCGCCACUCCAUCACUUUGAUCUAUCUCAACCCGUAUUCCAACAGAUUGCCCGUUACAAAGCUGGCAUUAUUCCGGUCAAUUAUAGAAGGGUUUCAUGCAAGAAGAGUGGAGGAAUUCGGUUUACUAUUAACGGACACUCUUACUUCAACUUGGUUUUGAUCACCAACGUUGGCGGAGCAGGAGAUGUACAUGCAGUUUCAAUCAAGGGGUCGAAAACCGAGUGGCAACCGAUGUCAAGAAACUGGGGGCAAAAUUGGCAAUCGAGCUCUUAUCUUAACGGUCAAGCCCUGUCUUUCAAGGUUACAACUAGCGAUGGACGAACCGUGGUCUCAAACAAUGUGGCUCCGCCGAACUGGUCGUUUGGACAAACCUUCGCGGGCGUUCAAUAUAACUGAAGAAAACUACUUAUUUCCAUCUUGAAGAAAACUACU